AAAUUAGAAACAGAAAAUAAGAAAUUGAAAACUGAACUUCAGGCCUUGCAAAAGACUUGUAAGAAAUUAAGAGAUGAGAGAGAUUUUGCUAUGGAUGGUGAGCAAAGAGCAAGAAUGAGAGCCUCUGCCAUUGAAAAUGACCGGGACAAGAUACAGAGGCAGUUCAAGAUCUUUAGAGAAACCAAAGAAAAUGAGUUACAAAGUUUGCUGAAGACAAAAAGGAAUUUAGAAGGAAGGUUAAUGAAAUUAGAAUCA